AUGUCCUUAGUGGUACCUCGGAACUCUAUCCCACAACCACCGGUAAUAAGAACGUCAUUUAAAUCUUCAAUGCGAAUUCCUAGUCUCUCACCACUACCCUCUCGUCCGAAAGUCAGCUGGACCAACCCAACGCCUCCCGCAGCAGACUCGACACAACAAACCACCGGGCCCACAGUGAUUACAGACCUUUGCUCCACUGUAGCUACCUGUGACCCCGCUAGCAAUAUCUUCGGACUCCUGGAGGGCGACGAGAGCUCGUAUAUCCUUCAGCGAGGAGCAAAGACGAAACCGCCCGGACAAGCAUAUCAAACGGUGUCACCAGUGUCUCUCGAGAGCCUGUCGAACAGAAGCUCUGGUUUCCUUUUGGACCGUCGGCAACGAUAUCGAAUUGCCUACACCCUCGCAUCAUCUCACCUGCAGCUAUAUCCCUCGCCAUGGCUACACUCGCACUGGAGCAAAAAAGACAUCGUCUUCAACAUCGAUCCUCAAGACGCCCAUUCCGUCCAACUCGACCAACCGUACAUGCUGCACGCUGUCUCCACUCAAGCCGCCCCAUCGCCCUCCUCAUCGUACGCUUCGAGCGACCGCUCCUUACCUACCCUGGGAAUCUUGCUCAUCGAACUCUGUUUCGGCACCGCGCUCGAAGACCACGCAAUGAGGCAAGAGUUCCACACUUCGGGUGGGCAGCAGACCGCGAAUCCGGAUCUGGCGGCCGCGCUGGAUCUGGCCGUCGCGCUGGAGUGGUCGCAGUCUGUGUGCGGGGAGGCGGGCGAGACGUACGCCGACGCCGUGAAUUGGUGCUUGAGAGGACGGUUUGCGGGCGCCAAGGACGACGGGUGGCGAGAGGAGCUGUUCGCGAAUGUGGUGAGGCCGCUGCGGUUUUGUCAUGAGCAGUUGCAUGCGAUGGGUGGGGAGGACUGGCUCAAGUCUAGUUCCUAG